AUGGAUCGCGCGAACCCCCAACCUCGGCGCCGGGACCCUCGCGCCCAAUCUCCCGCUGAGUCUUCCUCCGACGAACUCGCCGCCGGCUCCGACCAUGAUGAAGCGGAACGCCGCCGGGCCAGCUGGACUCUGCAAAAGGGCUUCACCCCACAGCGCCCGCAGAAGACCAGCCGUCUCUACAGCGAGUCUGAGAGCCCCGACGAGCUAGCUGUGGAUGCCGACGAGUACUGGCGUUCUUCGCGCAUGCGCAACCGCCGCCGAACCCCUUCUCCGAUCACCCGCCCUAGCGUCCGUGACGACCUCUCUCAGGGCAGGUCGGAUGAUCCUGAAGACGAAGUGACUGGCUCAGACGGAAACCAGGCUAGCGUCGCCGACAACUGGUCCGAUCGUUCGGCCACACCUCUUGCUCCUCCGCAGCCUCCCAAGCCCGAGCAUCUGAACUACAAGGAGAAGUUUGUGAUGCACGGCCACCUACGUGGAGUCUCGGCUGUGCAAUUCUCACCCGAUUGCUCUAUGAUUGCUAGUGCAGGUGCCGACGCAGCGGUCAGGGUCUGGGACACUGCGAGUGGUAGACUCAUUCAUGUCUUUGAGGGACAUCUAGCUGGUAUCUCUACCCUUGCCUGGGCCCCUAACGGUGACUGGAUUGCAACUGGUUCCGAUGACAAAACAAUCCGCUUCUGGAACGUGAACACUCUUAAGGCCCACGCCAAGGUCUUUGAUGGCCAUCACAACUACGUGUAUCAAAUCGCAUUCGCACCGAAGGGUAACAUCCUUGUCAGCGGUUCCUACGAUGAGGCCGUGUUUAUGUGGGAUGUUCGCCGAGCACAAGUCAUGCGCUCCCUUCCGGCCCACUCCGACCCCGUUGCCGGUAUUGAUGUCGUGUUUGACGGAACCCUAAUCGUCUCCUGCGCUCUGGACGGACUUAUUCGUAUUUGGGAUACCCACAGCGGCCAGUGUCUCCGCACCCUGGUCAUGGAAGAUAACCCGCCUGCAACAUGCGUCAAGUUCUCCCCCAAUGGCAAAUACGUCUUGGCCUGGACCCUGGAUGGCUGCAUUCGGAUGUGGAGUUACGUCGAGAGCCGCGUCCUCAAGACAUUCCAAGGCCAUGUCAACAAUAAAUACAGCUUGUCGGGAUGUUUCGGUACUUAUGGGCCCCGAGAUGUGAUCUACAACCCGCCCCUGUGUUUUGCCGUCAGCGGCAGUGAGGAUGGUUCUAUUAUCUUCUGGGAUAUUGUGAGCAAGCAAAUCCUGCAGCGCCUCAAUGGUCACAAGGACGCUGUCCUUUGUGUUCACACGGGUACACUGAGAGGCAAACGUAUGGUUGUGAGCUGCGGAGCGGACAAGACUGUUCGUUUGUGGGAAGAGGUGAACGAAAACGACACCGGAUCUGACGAUGAUGCGUUCGGCCGCGACGUCACCCCUACCCCUGAGUGCCACUCGCGAAAAAGCACCCCUACGCAUGAUGCAGACGGCGAUGAUGCCAUGACUGAUGUCUCCGCUGUGCCUUCCACUGCUGCUAACCCGGCGGAAGAUGUGACGAUGACAUGA